AUGGCCCGCGCGACGGAGGCGCUCUUGAGUUUGUGCCGAAGGCCGCGUCCCGCCGUGGAGGCGCACUGGAGCAGCAGCGGCACCGACAACACCCAAGGCGCGGGCAGGCGCGACAACCUUCCACUGCCCCUCACCGGGCCGCAGCACCCCUCGUUGUCUGGAUCGCCAAACACGGCGUUGCCCAGUUCCAGCGUCACGGGCGCCGCCUCCUCGUUAUCGUCGCUUGCCGCCCCACAAACACCACCCACCGCCGCCGCCGCGACCCUGCUCCCGGGGCAGGUUGCCUUUCUCACUUCCGUGGGAGAAAUGGCGAGGCGCGUGGCACUGCGGCAGAAGUCCAUGCACCGCGGCGAGGAGCAUCACGGCAGCCGCCAAGGAGGCGAGAUGGAGUGGUCCGUCCUGCGCCAGGGGGAGGCGCCGCUCUCCGUGAGUACGCUGGUGCGGGAGGAGGGGCAGCGGGUGCGGAUGCGCUUCAUCCCGGGAGCCCCGUCGCGGCAACAGAGCCACCGUUUAAGGAACCACACGCACGCAGGCGCGGCCGAGGGAGAGGCGGAGGGCGUCACAAAGAAGGCCACUAAAAACGACAGAAUGAGCUUCAGCGGGGACCGUCGGGUGGCGGAUAUCCAAUACGAUCAGCCCGUCAGCCUGUGCACGAUUAUUUCUUGCUUCGCUCCGCCGAAGGAGUCAUACUGGCAGGAUGAUCGCCUUGUUGAGCCCUACCCGGGUGAAUACUACGGCGCAGGCGGUCAGCGUCGCCGUGGCAACAGAAGUGACGACAACAGCACCACGGCGAGGCGAGACGAUGGCGGCACUGGCAGCGACCUCGGGGAUGAGGGCAGCUGCGGCCUUGACGUGACCGACACGGGGGAGAGCAGCUCCGACUUUGAGUCCUGCGAUGGACCGGAGUGCCUGCUGCAGCGACGGGGCCGGAGCGAAAAGGCAAUGCGGUCGUACGGUAAGCUGCUCACCCAACUCCGCGGCAGGAGUGACCCCGUCUUUCACAACGCCUUUUUCCUGGACACGGGCACCAUCAGCUGCGGGGAGCGCCGCAAAAAACUCAUCGCGCUGCAGUCCUACCGCGCCUCGGUUAUCUCGUUUGUCGGCGGCAAGGUGCAGAUAAAAGACAAGAACAACGACUUCUACGUGCAGCAUCCGGAGCUGGAAAUGCGCGGGAUCCAGCUCACGCACUUGCACGAGGCCCGCAACGAUUUGAUUUACUUCGUCAUCGAAAAGUCGUCCCCGAUAGAGUUGGUCACCGCCGCACACGCCAACUGGUACUUUGAGAGGCUUGUCAUGCGCGGGAUGGUGGGCGAGCGCAACCGCGGACGCGCGCUCGCCGCAUGCCUGCUCCUUGCCGUGAAGUUCCUCGAGACAGGCGACAUCUACCGGAAGAUUCAGCACCUCAAGACACUCGUCCGGGUGGACGAGGCGUUUGCCGGGCUGACGUGGCAGCAGGUGCAGGAGUGGGAGUUCCGCGCGUACGUUGGACUGGAGUUCACGCUGAUGCCGGAAAAAGGCAAUCACGUGAUCGAGGCCCACAUGGAGCGGCUGCUGGGCGUAUACAAUCUCACGUCGCAGGAGUACUACAGCAAGAACUUUAAGUUCCCCUCGUAA